CACCGUGGUGCCACCACCCCCAAGCUACCUGACACCAUCAGCCCCACCGGUUCAUAUGAUGAUGUCUGCCUCUCUCGGACCACUCAAUGCUGUCUACCCAGCUCCCACAAACCCUGGGUUCCCACCCCCUGGAUACGUGACCCCUUCCGCUCCUCCGAUGAUGCCUGCCCCUUUCGGACACCCUAAUGCUGUCUACCCCGCGCCCACGAACCCCGGAAUCCCGCCAGUACCCCCAGGCUACGUGCCCCCUCCGGUCCCUGCGAUGAUGCCUGCCCCUUUCGGACACCCUAAUGCUGUCUACCCUGCGCCCACGAACCCCGGAAUCCCGCCAGUACCCCCAGGCUACGUGCCCCCUCCGGUCCCUGCGAUGAUGCCUGCCCCUCCGCCUGAUCUCCGACCCACCGGCUGCCCCCCAGGACUGGAAUACCUGAUUCAUGUGGACCAGCUUCUCGUCCAUCAGACUUUUCAUCUGGCCGAACUGCUGGGUUGGGAGGUUAGAAAUUCCUACAAUGUGAAGAACAGCAUCGGGCAACAAGUGUUUCUGGCGGAAGAGGAGAACAACUGCUGCACCCUACAGUGCUUUGGCCCCAGCCGACCUUUCACCUUUCACAUCCAGGACAACCUGGGGCAGGAGGUGUUGACCCUGACGCGCCCUCUUGCGUGCAGCUACUGCUGCUUCCCCUGCUGCCUGCAAGACCUGGAGGUGCAGAGUCCCCCCGGUAUUCCCAUAGGGUAUGUGGUGCAGGAGUGUCACCCGUUCCUGCCCAAACUCACUGUGCUGAACGAGAGGAGACAGCCUCAGCUGAGGAUCAAAGGGCCGCUGUUUUUCUGUAGUUGUUGCAGAGACGUCACAUUUGAGGUGAAGACUCUGGAUGACUCAAUGUUGAUAGGGCACAUCGGUAAGCAGUGGUCCGGCUUCCUGCGCGAAGUCUACACGGACGCGGAUCAUUUUGGGAUCGUGUUCCCAAUGGACCUGGAUGUGAAGAUGAAGGCUGUGCUGCUGGGAGCCUGCUUCCUGAUCGAUUUCCUGUAUUUUGAGGAAAGGAAAGGAGACAAGAAACAUUGAACUUUUACUCUGUGCCGACUACGGAACCCACGGCAUCAAAAUUACAUUAGACCUACAAUAAAGUUGCAUGUCAAAAUCAACAACUCCAAAUCCCUCUCAUUGUGUAUAUCUAACGGUCCUCUCCCCAGUGUUAUUCUCCAUCUUAAACAACUUCCUACUUCUCAGCAUCAACAAAACAACUACAAGGCUACAAGGUCCCGGGGUUCAGCAUCAACAAAACAACUACAAGGCUCUAAGGACCCGGGGUUCAGUAACAACAAAACAAC